AAUAGUUUUUGUAGAAAAGAAUUUUUUGUCAAAAUACAAAAAAGAAUAGCAAAUAUUUAUUAAUAAAAUAAUGAAGGAAAAAUGCCUUGGAACUGUUUGUGGGGAUACGAGUCUCCGCCGCCCGCGUGCAGGGUGAGCGAGCCGCUGCAUCUCAUAUCGCAGAAGGAAGGAACGCCACAAGAGCAUGCGUUUCGACGCAAGUCAUUCCGCAAGCCCAGGCCGUGCCACUGGUGCCAUCAGCCAGUGCAAAACGAAGGUUCUUGCUGUAGAGUGUGUAAAUAUGUCUGCCACACGACGUGUGAAAAUAAGGUGUCAGAUGCUAUUGAGCUGUCAGCCAACCCCAAUACACAGCCGGUAGCAAAGCUACCUAACACUGACAAAGCACGAUUUUCGGAUACAAGCUGGCAAAUACACCGAUCAUGGUCUCGCAACGGGAACCCGCUCCCGUUGUCGCCUCCGCCGAGCCGCGCGGCGGCGGGCGCGGGCGCAUCUGCCUCUAGUGCGGCCCCACCCUCUCGUAACGACGAGAAUGGCAUCUAUGACACCAUCACUACUCGAGCAGUGAGCGCGCCUGUCACUCCGGGGACUCCCGCACUCUCCAGAGACCAUGGCGGGACUCGGUCGGCGAGUUAUCCGGGAGGCGCUGGAGGCGCAGGCGGCGCAGGGCGACUGGACCUGUGCUACGUGGCGGAGCGCAUGCUGGCGCUGCACUUACCACACAGAGACGCACAUGCUGAGGCCCAAGCCGCUCACAUGCUCACCAACAAGCACGGCGAACAUUUUAUGCUAGAUGUGAAAGAACCAAUACCAAUUUGCAUUGGUAAACAAUUCAGUAGUUCCCACGGUGUGUAUGGGCGGGGCAACCGCGAGCGGCUGGGCGUGCUGGUGGCUGCCUACAUGCACUACUCGGCCAUCUGCGGGGCGCCGGAGCACGCGCUCGACCGCUACGCCAUGCGCCGUUACCUUGACGACCGCGUGCCCGUCUUCCAGUUGCCUUCCAACAAAAGGUAA